CGUGCUCGUUACUACCUGCCUCAGUGCGCCUGCCCUCCAACAGUCGCAACGGCAGACGUCAGCGUGAGCUGUUCGCGACCCUCACACCCGCCUGCGAUUGCGCCUGCGACUAAGCCCUUCUUUUGUUUGGUUCUGCUGUGGUGUGCUGCUGGGGGGUGGUGCGUAUUGGCUGGCUGGACAACGGGAAAUUCGUUGCGAAGCGGAAGCGCAAACAGCGAGCAGAAGGAGAGGGCAGACGCAGAGGCAGGACUGCUCUCACUGAGUGGCUUGGUGGUGUUGCUUCUUGCUUGGUUGCUUGGUUGCUUCGUCGUGGUAGCAGUGGUGGACGCUGGAGUGGUGCUGGUGCGGGACGAGGGGCGAGGGACAAGGUUGUUGUUGUUGUUGUUGUCGACACACACAGAGACACGCAGACCACGCACAGACACACAACGCAGCAUCAAGCAGGAUGGAGGACAUGUCGGCGGAAGAGCGGGUGCUGAAGAUGGCGCAGCGCGGCGAGUAUCGUCACUUGGGGGAUCUGUUGGACGGUGUUGGUGACGAAGUGGAGGUGCAGCGCUUGUUGGCACAUCAGGAUGAGGACGGAUACACGCCCUUGCACCGCGCAUCCUACAACGGCCGCGUCAGAACCAUCAAGCUGCUCCUCUCACGAGGAGCCAAGGUGGACAUCAAGACAAACGAGGGGUGGCAGCCGCUGCACUGCGCAACGCGAUGGAACCAGCUUGAGGCCAUGGAGCUGCUGCUGCGGGCGGGCGCAGAUGUCAAUGCCACAACAAAUGGAGGUCUUACACCCCUGCUCCUAGCCGCUUCCAGGCCCGAUUGCAAAGAGGCCACUGCGCACCUCCUCCUCCGCACAGAUGUCGAUCUUGCACACGCCACCGCCGCCGGAGAGACUGUCGCCGAUGAAUGA